AUGGAGAACAAGGUGCGGCUGUUUUGCGGGUUCCCGGACUUCCAGUCCGGUGCGUCCCUCAUCACCGUCGACCUGAGCGCAACCAGGAGCGUUCUGCAAGAGGCGAUCAAGAAGAAAAGUGCGCACAAGGUCUGGUGUGAGCCCAGCGAGCUGAAAAUAUUUCCCGCCAGAAAGGGCUCUGGGUUCUUACGCGAUGACGAGGAGGCCGCGCUUGAAUUAAGCGAAGGACGGAUCCACGACGACAUUCAACAGCUGAUCAAUGGGGAGCCGAUGAAUUCGACCUCAACAUUCGAGGAA